UGUGAAGCCCCUCCACAACUGAAGUGAAGCCCCUCCCACAGCUGGGAGCGAAUCCGUCUCGUACCGCUGAAGAGACCAGGCAGUGAAGGAUGGAGUUUGUCAGAGUGGUGAUUGGGGACGUGAGUGAUCCAGAACCAUUCACGAUAUUAAAGGAGGACCCCGAGGAACAAAAGGAGCCGGUGGAGGUGAAAGAGGAAAGCCACGAGCUGAAUGAAGUGGAGGAGGAACCUCGUGCGAUCAUAAGCAGCUCAGAGACUGAAAAUAAAAGCCCACAGAAAUCAGCACUCGUCUGUCCUCACUGUGGAAAGACUUUCAGACAGAGAGGACACCUCGACGAUCACAUAAGGACUCACACCGGAGAGAAGCCUUACGCCUGCCUCCAGUGCGGAAAGAGCUUCACACACAAAGGAAACCUUAAGGACCACAUGAGGAUUCACUCGGGAGAGAGACGGUUCGCCUGUCAGCACUGCGGGAAGAGGUUCACGCAUAAAGCCAACCUGACGGAUCACAUCCGGAUCCACACGGGAGAGAAGCCGUUCUCCUGCGACCAGUGCGGGAAGAGCUUCACACACGCCACCAGCCUGAAGACUCACCUGCUGUCUCACUCCGGAGAGCGGCCCUUCGGCUGCGAUCAGUGCGGACAGAGAUUCAUUCUGGCGGCGCACCUGAAGAGACACCUGAGGAUCCACACCAACGAGAGACCCCACGUGUGCUCCUUCUGCGGGAAGAGCUUCUUGUGGCUCUGCUACUUCAAAGACCACCAGAAGAAGCACACGGGCGUGAAAGCUCACGUGUGCUCCGAGUGCGGCAGCGCCUUCACGAGAGCCAGCGAGCUGAAGAUGCACCAGAGGACACACACCGGAGAGAAACCCUACACCUGCUCGUGCUGCGGGAAGAGCUUCGCCGAGUCUGGAAACCUGAAGAAACACCAGCGGGUUCACACCGGAGAGAAGCCCUACCAGUGUCCCUCGUGUGCGGGCAGUUUCAGUCAGUUCAGCCAUUUACUGAGACACUUAAAGCAGCAGAGCUGUCCGAAGCUGACGCAGUUCAUCUUCAGGCCUCCGGGAGAACAAUCAUCCUCCGGUGCGGCACUCACCAUUCAUCCGAAGGUGGAACUCCUGCCAGAAUAACAGCUCCGACUCUGAUAUCUAUAGUUAUAAGACUAACAUGAAGUUUGGGAUCAGAAUGAUUUUUAAUGUUUUUUUAUUUAAUCAAAAUUACAGGAAAAAUUUUAGUAUUGU